AUGCCGGAGGAACUCACCCACAAGGCGCCUGCUUGGCUCACCGAGGAGUACGUGCAGAAGAAGCUGCGUGUCUACUUCAAGGAUGAGUCCCUGAAUGUGAAACAGCUCGAAAGCAACCCGGCAAGUGGCAAUGGGGAGAACUACGCCAGUGUGAUGACUCGUAUCAAUGUCGAGUACACCACAAAGGAUAUGAAGGCACGGCAGCCUGCUACAUUCCUGGUGAAAACCACCUUCGCCGACAAGGACCCGGCCUCUGACUUGCUCUCGGAGUAUGGGAUCUAUACAAGAGAAAUGGAUAUGUACGAGCAGAUCCUGCCCCACCUCGCAGAUUUGGUUAAAAAGGAUAUCGGGGACGCUCGGAAACUGUUUGCGGCCACUGUGAAUGUAGAUCGUGAGAGGGACUCUAUCAUUUUUGAGGAUCUGUCGCUAGAGGAGUAUAAAGUGGCCUGUCGACUGAAGAAACUGGACCUAGAACACACAUAUCUUGUUCUUGAGAAGCUGGCUAGUUUCCAUGCCACAGGAGCAGCUCUGGCCGAGCGUCAGCCCGGGAUCUUUGAGAAGAACUACGAUCGUGGCUUCUUCAACAAACACACUCGAAGAUACGAACACAUCAUGACGGUUCUCCUGCAGGCCCUGUCCCGCUCCCUUGAGUUGAAUCAGGAUCUUAAGGAACGUUAUCAAGCGAAAGUUGAUCAAAUGGUGCAUCAUGUGAUGGACUAUGGCGAGCGAUCAGCAUCCAUUAAUCCCGGGGAUUUUGUGACUUUGGCUCAUGGCGAUCUGUGGACCACCAACAUUAUGUUCCAGUACAACGGAAAGGGUCAUCCCACCAAUGCCAUCUUCAUCGACUUCCAGUUCAGCGUGUGGAACUCUCCGGUCAUUGACUUGCACUACUUCUUCUCCACUUCGAUCCAAGAAGAUCUUCGUUUGCACCAUCAGCCGGAGAUGGUUCAAUUCUAUUAUUACAAGCUGGCGGAGGCCCUGAAGAAGCUGAGGUAUUCAGGUCACGUUCCCUGUUUGUUCGAGUUUCAACAGCAGUUUCGGGUCAAAGCUUUUUACGCUGCAUUUGCCACGUUAAUUUUCGGACCUGUAAUGGUUUACAAUGGCAAGGAGGAGGCCUCCAUAGAGCAGAUCAUAUCUACGAGCGAGAAAGGACUACGAUUCAAAGACUCACUUUACCAAUCCGAGUAUAUGCAGAAGUUACUUCUUUCAGCAUUGCCGUUUCUUGAUCAGUUUGGGUUGUUAGAUGAAAUGUAA